UCACGUGGUUGCCAUGGCAACGCGUCCCGCCCGUUCCGGCCUCCAUGAAGCGGAAGCGGCCGGCGGGGCCGUGGCUAGUGAUGGCCGGCGGCCUGCUGGCCCUGCUGGCCCUGCUCUGGGGCGCGCAGGUUUUAAAUGCAUUUGAUUACCCCUCCCCGUGGAGGGGACAGCAGCAGAUGUACAAGCUGGACAUAGGCUGGCCUAAAAUUCCAGAAUAUUUCACUGGUCAAACAUUUUGUGUUGCUGUUGACUCUCUUCAUGGUUUGGUCUAUGUGGGACAAAGGGGAGACAAUGUACCAAAGGUACUUGUAUUCUCAGAGGAAGGCUAUUUUCUUUACUCCUGGAAUGAUACAGUUGAAAUGCCUCAUGGUAUCUUUGUGUUGAACACCCCAACAGAUAGUUCUGUAUGGAUCACAGAUGUUGGAACAGGGAAAUAUGGGCACACUGUGAAACAAUAUAGCCCUUCGGGUAAACUUUUGCAGACCUUGGGCACUCCAGGUAAUGCUGGUUCAAGUUUGAUUCCCCUCCAAUUUGAUCAACCAGCUGAGGUCUUCGUAGAGGAAAGUGGAGAUAUCUAUGUUGUGGAUGGAGAUGGAGGAAUGAAUAACAGAUUGCUCAAACUGUCCAACGAUUACAAAGAGAUAUGGCUGGCUGGAACAAAUGGGACCGGCAUCGGUCAGUUCAAGAUUCCUCACAGUGUAACACUGGAUUCUUUUGGACGGGUAUGGGUUGCAGACAGAGACAACAAAAGAAUCCAGGUUUUUGAUAAAGUCACAGGGGAAUGGCUUGGGUCUUGGAGCAGCUGUUUUUUAGAAGAUGGGCCCUAUUCUGUCAGAUUUACUGCCAAUUACAAAUACCUGAUUGUAGCCCAGAUGAAUAUCCACCGGUUAGCGAUCUUGGCAGCAGCACCAGUUGGCUCCAUUGGGGACUGUGUUAUGGUCGGCGCAAUCCAGCUGGCAGAUGAAACCAAACCACACCUUGUGGAUGUAGACAUGAAGAGUGGAGCAGUCUAUGUUGCAGAGAUCGGAGCCCAGCAAGUACAAAAAUACAUACCUUUAAGCUGAUGGUUUCCUGCAACUGCUGUGGCACAAGCUGUGAGACAUACAAGACCUAUGACCACAUUUUCUUGAGUUUUCUGUAGCUUGUGUUUCCUUAGACAAGCACAAAACAUUGUGCUCCCAGAAGUGUAGAGCUCGAAUCUGUCCUGGCUGUUCUGCAGUCCUGGAGAAGGACCUGGUCUUGAGCUGUUACUCAUUUUAGUAACGCUGCAGUGGCUUUUGCUUUUGUUGCUGGAAAUUGGAAAAUGACUUUGAUAAGUAUCUUCAUUUUAUUAUAUAAAACUCUACAAACACAGCUGCUGUUACUAAAUGUAUUAGGUCAUCUUGGGGCUCCUCUACUUAGCCCAUGUGUUGUUAAAUGAAGGCCAGAACUGUCUGAAAGAAGUGUAUAAAUUAUUUCCUCGAAAGCGAGCACCUAAUUUUAAUAUUUUUUUGAUUUUUGGAAUCAUUGUGCUGAUACUGCCUAACACUGAAUACAGAGAUACAUUAUGAUGUCAAAUAAGAUGCUGCUGGAUACUGAUGUCAGUGCCGAUACUGGCAUCUGCCUUAGGUAUUUAAUGACAUAAGCAUCGAAAUCUAAGUUUUCAGCCCUUCCUAAAGUGGUGAAGUCAGUAAGACAAAUAAACUUCAGCUCAAUUGAUAGCAGGCACUUCAAACUAAAUUAAAAGUAUGUGCACAGCAGCCAAGUACUGAUUCUUAACUAAAUCAAUUCUUAACCUGAUUUGGUUUAUAUCAGCAUGAGUUUUCUGUUCCGUAAGAUUUCAUAGUGGAACAUAUUGAAGUUCAACUCAAAUUUAAGUUCUUCAAGAUAAACAAAUUGCAAUUUGCUAGGAAAGUCUUAAUCAGCAUUAGGGACUAGGAGACACGUGAUUUUCUCCCAAUCUUAUUGAAGCUCUGUCAGUUAACAGCAGUGCAUCUGUUUUGAUUUGGGGGUUUUUAACUGCUUUGUAUCUACUCCAUUAAUGUCUAGAGAUAAGUUUCUUAUGCUAUAUCCUAGCAUAUGUUUCCAAGCUCUGUUCUUAAAAAAUAGCGUCUCUUUCUGUUCCCAGUCCAGGGUGGUUCCGUUUUCUUUAAAUGUUGCUACAAGAUUUUAAGUUAGUUCACUUUUUAACACAGAGGGAAAUGGGUAUGGGAAAAUGGGAGUGGGAAAAUGACACGGCAGAAAUGAGACAGCGAGUAGCUGUUUACCUCUGUAAAGCUGUGGAUCCACAUUCCAUAUUUAUCUCCUAGCUCUCCAAAACAUUUGGGAGGAUUUUUGCUGUUUCCACACACUUAUUCUGCUGUGUGGAUUAUUUUAAUGCUAAUUACCAGCUAAGAGAGGCCAUUUCUUUUCAACUUCGUUAGAAAGGGAAUAUGGGAAAUAGAAUUAUUCUGAUGGGAAAUAUCCAUUUCAGUAAACAUUACCAAAAGGAAAUGCAUCUUAAUUCAGCAGACUUCUGCCUAUGGUCAUAAAUUUCUGGGUCAGUGGAUGGGGAAACCUGUCCAGAAAAGUCAGAUUCAUAUGGUCUAUAGAAAGUUACCCAGGUGUGGAGACUGAUGGCCAGAUUUCGGUACUGUUUGAGAUUAAUGCACUAAAUGUGAAUGCUUUGUUGUUGGCUACAUCCACAACACUAAAAGCAGAUCUAAGCUGGCUGCUCUCGUGCAAGCCUAAGAACCAGAAGUUCAGGGUUACACGCUAGCAAAUAUGAUCCAUCAUUCACGUGGACUUGAAUGAGAGCCAGUAAGUAAUAUUUAUGAGCUGAAGAAGUAGCAGCACUUCCUCUAGACCUGGACAGAUAGGUCCAUGUUGCCUUGCAGCAGGUUGUGUGGAUUUUCUAACUGGAUCUCCACUAGCUCAGGGAUCUCUGCUCUGUGUGCAAUGUAGCUAUUUCUCACCUACACAAGGUGGAUUUCUUUAAAAAAAUUAUAACACUCAAAUAUAGUGAAUGAUAUUAUAGUAUCUUGGUGAUGUAAGGGGUUCAGACAUGUCCAUCCUUCCUCACCACAUCCUCUCCUUAUUUAUAUUUCCUUUGUCGCAUCCCUUUGAAACUGGACUCGAAGCUCUCUGGGAACAUGCUUCUGUGUUCAGUAAAGGAGUAGUGCACUUCUGGAUGUUGACAAUUAAGUUAUUUCUAGAAGGUUCUGUUUGCUGUGUGGAUCUGCUCUCAAUUCUCUUUACAUGGGCUUUUGCAGCCCCUGGAAAUGGGGAGCAUUCAUCCAGUUUUGUCUGGCUUUACUGAAGUUGGCCAUGGAGCCAAAAUGUGCCUUGCCUCUUGGCAUUUGGGUGUCUGUGAUAAGAAGGGAUGCUCAUUGUUAACUAGUUGGGAUGCUUACACUUCUUUUUACCUCUGUGUCUAUGACCAGACUGAGAAAAUGAUUGAUUUGUGCACUAGCUUGCUAAUUCUCUGAAGGUUUUCUUAUGUAUCUUCUUGAAGCUGAUUUCUGAAAAAUUGCCUAAUAGUAUAAUUUGAUAAAAUAAAUUGAGAAUUUCCCAUUA